AUGGCGUCCACGGAGACCGAAAAAGACCCCCAGGGAAAGGGGAAGGGCAAGGAGAAGUCGGUCAAGGAUGAGCCAGAGGAGGUCCAUGAGAAGUUCUCUCCUGAGGAGGAGGCGUCUCUUCUGGCCGAGGCCAACGCAAACAAGACCGAGGCCAAUGCCCUCUUCUCCUCGUCAAAGUACGACGAGGCUAUCGCCAAGUACGACGAAGCCGUCUCCGUCUGCCCCAAUUACCUAGACUACGACCUCGCCGUCCUGCGCUCAAACAUCUCGGCAUGCCACCUGAAGUUAGAGCAAUGGAAAGACGCAAUUUCAUCCGCCUCCGCCGCCCUCGACGGCCUGGACCGCAUCGACAAGGAGGCCGCGCUAGAGCAGGAACGCCGCGAGAAGGAAAAGGCCGAGGAGGAGGAAGGGGUAGAGGAGGAGAUUAUCAGCUCUGGCGCCAGCGCCGCCGCGCCAGCGCCGCCCGUGACCGCGGAUGAUCCAGAAGAAGUCGCGCGCGGGAAGCGGAGAGACGACGUCCAGCGCAUCAGGGCCAAGGCGUUGAUGCGGAGGGCGCGGGCGCGGAGCGAGGAGGGCGGGUGGCAGAACCUCGCGGGCGCGGAGGAAGACUACAAGGCUCUCUCCAAGAUGGGGAACCUGGCGCCCGCGGACCGCAAGAUUGUGCAUACGCAGCUGCGGGUGCUGCCGCCCAGGACCAAGGCUGCGCAAGAGGCGGAGACGGCGGAGAUGUGGGGAAAGCUCAAGGACCUGGGUAACGGAAUCCUCAAGCCGUUUGGCUUGAGUACGGAUAACUUCCAGAUGGUCAAGGACGAAAAGACUGGCGGCUAUUCGAUGAACUUCAACCAGGGCCAAUGA